UACAACUAUCGAAAAACCACCGACUGCUUGGCCUUCGAGGGUAAAAUAUACGUUGAAACAGCUUUUUUCGCAGAAGUACUUCAACUGAGGCAAUCUAGUCGCGCAAACAAGCAGAGAGAGAAUAAUGACUGGGAUUGCGGGUCUCACACCACUCGCCCCGAGUUCCUGCAGCUGGGGACGGAGGAGAUGAGGAACUUCGCGUCGGAGAAGACCGUCAAGGCACCAAGUCUCCUGAAGAAAUAGAGAAGCUGACAGUUGAUGAGACACUCUCUCCUAUUGAAAAGGCUGAUCUUCUCCUCAGGACGGGUCAGGAGGUACAGAAGGUGUAUGCAGUCCAGCAGUUGCCCUGUCUCCUGGAGACCAACAGAGAUCAGACUCUCAACAAGAUCGUCCCGAGAAUAUGUGGAAACCUGCCCAGUGCCUCGGCCAAUAUCCAGACGGCAGCUGGGCGGAGUCUGGGCGUGGCCUUAUCCAGGAAUCUAAUCCCCACCCACAUUUUCUCCUCCUCCUUUCUGCCCCUGGUGAUCAGACUCGUCAAUUCCAGAGACCCUUCUGUCAGCAGUGUAUGGUUGGACGCGUUGCUAGUGGCAGUUCCGUCGCUAACGAAGGACGUAAUUAGGAGGGACAUACUCUCGUUGGCUGUUGCUAGGUCGCAGUUGUCACAGACGGUCAAUUCUAGGAAGUCUGGCUGUCUCAUUUUUGGAGCUAUCGCACAGAAAUUUGAACCAUUCUGGUUGAAGAGAGAGGUGUUUCCACAAGUAAAGUCUCUCUGUCAAGAUGUGGACUCUGAGGUCAGGAUAACCAUGUGCUCCCAGCUGCACAUCUUCGCCAAAUGCAUGAACCCAGAGCUAGCGAAAUCCUGUGUGCUCCCCGAACUAACGGAGCUGACAAACGACGAAGAACCUGCAGUCAGAGAGACGGCUCUGGAGUCAAUAGCCGAUGUGGUCCCCCAUCUACCAGUGGAGACAGUCAGAACUGUGGCGGUCCCUCUGGUCGUAAAAAUCUUUCAAAAAUCACUGACCGAUGUUUCCAGUCCUGAUUUGACCGGCGUGGCACGACUGCUGGGGAAACUCAGCCACCAACUGAAAGAUGUGAUGACGGCCGACUUGCGUGACUGGUUUGUCAAGUUCUACUGCCAGCUCAGCAGGUUUGACGACCCCGUUAACGAGGGGAGGCCCCACUCCGUUGCCACGCCAACCACCACCGUCCGGAAUGGAAUGAGGACGGAAUGUCGUCGUCUCUGUGCUUACAACUUCCCUGCAAUGGUGCAGAUGGUAGGAGGAGGCGGGUACGCCGUGAAGCUAAGCUCCACCCACCAGGACCUGGCAACAGACGAUUCGCCUCGCGUGAGACACACCGUUGCCAGCGGUUACCACGAGGUGGUCCGGUUGAUAGGAGACAAGAGUAUGAGUGCGGUGGGCAUCUAUCAGAAACUACUCAACUCAAAAUCAGUUGAACAUCCCGGUAUUCCGGAGCUGAUCGGUCCACUGAUAAUAGCAGAGGGUGUGGCCGGCAGCUGUCGUCAAUGGCGACUCCACGAGCAGAUAGUAACAGGGUUUUCCUCAUUGGUUCACUGCCUAACGACGGACCAACUGUACAACAAGAUAGUCCCCAUUCUUAUGAAGAUCAUCACUGGAAAGUAUGUUCGUCCAGUGAAGCUGGCAUCGUGUCAGUCACUAGCAGUUGUCACCAGGCACCUCCGGAAGGCCGACCAGAGAUCAGCCGUCGUCGACAGACUAAGCAGAGAGUGUGCCCAGAGCAAUGGCUGCCACAACAGGCUGCUCUACCUCGACCUUUGUACCAUCAUUCUGACUGUCUUCUCACGAUCUUUCUUCAAGCAGCAUUUCUUCUCCCCUGCUCUGGCCUUGGGCAACGACUCGGUGGUGAAUGUGAGACUGCGACUCUGUCAUCUUCUGCCAGCCCUCAAGACCACUCUUAAACUCCCCGGUGACAGUGCCUUGCUCCAGGAUCUGGAUGCGACAGUGCGGCUGCUGUUGUCACGGGAACGAGACACCAACACAACACAGGCAAUCCGCUCUGCCGUUCUGGAAUUGGACCGCAUACAAGUCGCCAUGGAGACAUUAACGAGACGGACGUUCUUUGAGGCGGAUCUGAUAGACCGACAGAAGGAGAUAGAGGAGAGGCAGCUCUAUCAGUGGGAGGAGAGGGAGAAGGAGAGAGAGGCAGCCACCACGGCUGCGGGGAAGAAAGGCAGAAGCUCUCCAGCCACUCAGAGGGCUGUGCAACAAGUCAAGAAAACCAAAGCCACCAGAACAAUCUCCGGUCCACCAUCGUCUGCCAGUCCAAUUGUGUCAUCUCAUCGCUCGGGCUCCAUCCCCACCCUCACACCUCUCACCAUCACCUCCUCACCCUCUCCCUCCUCCUCCCCCUCCACCCUCAGGAGAAACCUCGCUGUUCCGAAGCCAAAGGGAGGAGUUGGGAUUGGAGGGACAUCCCCUCCCGCGAUACACCGGUCCCAGUCCGGAGUUUCCAUGACUCGGUGUGACAGCGUGGAGUCUGCCAUGAGCAGUGGGCUGCUGUCCCACAGUGUUCCUGGAUCUCCAUAUUCUGGUAAAUAGAAGAGAAAGACUUGUUUUCCGAGAAUUUCUGCCCCUUUGACUCUUUUAUCUGCUGACAUUGUUUCAACUUUCGUUUUUCUGCCAUGCAAGAGAACUUGUUUUUUCCCCUUCAAGAAUGCCCCCCUUUCUCACUUCAACUGAUAAGCUCAGCUAUACACUGGGUUGUUUUCUGUGCAUGUCAAUUUGAAAGUGAAAAGUAGGUAUACAGAAGUAGGAAAAGCCUUUGCCCUACUUACUGUGUGUAACUGGCCCCUG